AUGGGCUACGGUUGCCUAGCCUCUGGCUGUGUGGUGCUAACGCUGCGUUGCGAUGCGUUGCGUAGAUGGGGCGCGGCGCUGGCGGCGGCGCGCGAGCGAGGCGCCGAGCGGAUCCUGGAGCGCGGCGAGCUGCCCGACGACGACGUGGCCUGCCUGCUGCACGUCUACUGCAAGGCGCUGGCGCAGGCGCACCCGGACAUGGUGGCCAUCACGCGGCCCGUCAACGAGCUGUCGCAGAACCUGUCCUUCAUGAUGGAGAGCCUCUACAAGGUGUCGGUGGCGCUGCAGCGUUCCGAGCUCGGCUGAGCCACCGCCACCGCCACCGCCUCCGCAGCCGCAGCCACGGCCGCGGCGCAACGUAAGAUGAUGACGAUGACUGUAGGAAAUCGACACCAUUCGCACCAUAAACUCCAUUUGUUUCGCUAAAUUCUUCGAAUUUAUGUAGAUAGCUGUAGGGAGUCGACACCAUUCGUAGUUUUUCAUUUAAUUCGCAUAAUUAUCUGUACCUAAUCUGACUCGUAAAUAACACAUUAUUACAGGUUUUAGUCGGCUAAUGCCGAACUGGCGAUCUGUAGUUUCUUAGCGGCCAUUUUCUCUAACAUUCACCU